CUUGUCUUUUCUUUCCUCGUGUUCGCCAUGAAAGUCCUAGGCGAGUUAAAGGAGUACAAGGUCAUUGGCAGAUCUCUGCCAUCUGACAAAAAUAGAGCUCCGCCACUCUAUCAGAUGAAAAUAUUUGCACAAGACAAAUGUACAGCAAAAUCAAGAUUUUGGUACUUUGUUUCUCAGUUGAGAAAAAUGAAGAAGAUGAGUGGUGAAAUCUUGUCUGUUCAACAGGUUUAUGAAAAGAAGCCAGUUAAAGUAAAGAACAUUGGUAUCUGGUUGAGAUAUGUGUCCAGAAGUGGUAUCCAUAACAUGUACAGAGAAUACAGAGAUCUGACUUCAGCUGGUGCAGUAACACAAUGUUAUCGUGACAUGGGAGCCAGACAUAGAGCUAGAGCCUCAACAAUACAGAUCAUUAAAGUUGAAGAAGUAGCUGCUUCCAAAUGUAGAAGAAAUAAUGUCAAGCAAUUUCAUAACUCAAAGAUUAGAUUCCCACUGACACACAGAAUUCACAGAAGACUGAAUCGUCCAAGAUUCACAACAAGCAGACCUCAUACAACUUUCUGAGGUGGACAUUGUACUAUUGUACACAAAUAAAAAAAAAGCUAAAAAAAAA